AUGGCUCUGCAAAAUGAAGAAAAACUUGAGGUUGGAUACUCUAACGUACAGCCAAAGCAAAAGAGAUGGGUUCUUUUGAUGCUAAGGGUGGUUGCAUUUUUGGCCACAGCAGCUGCAACGGUGGUGAUGGGACUCAACAAAGAGACUAAGACUCUUGUGGUUGCCACUAUUGGGAGUACCCCAAUUACAGCCACUCUUACUGCCAAGUUUCAACAUACCCCAGCAUUUGUGUUCUUUGUGGUAGCUAAUGGAAUGGCUAGUAACCAUAACUUGGUGAUGAUUAUGGUGGAACUUUGUGGACAGAAGCUUGAUUACAAAGGACUGCGUCUUGCCAUGAUUGCCAUUUUAGAUAUGAUGACAGUGUCCCUGUUAUCUGGAGGAGUUAAUGCUGCAGCUUUCAUGUCUGAGCUAGGGAAGAAUGGAAAUUCACAUGCAAGAUGGAACAAGAUUUGCGACAAGUUUGAAACCUUUUGUGACCGUGGUGGAGGCGCACUCAUCGCUUCCUUUGCUGGUCUUAUUCUCAUGUUGAUUAUUAGUGUGAUGUCUAUCAUCAAGCUUCUGAUUAAACCAAAACCAGACAGUAGCUUUGUCAAUGUUGCCUUUGGGCCUUCUUUAUCUUCAGGAAUUGUUACAAUGGCCAGGGAAAUGCUAUCUAUGAAGUAUAGUUUACGUGUGGGGAGGUAUUUAAUCUUGCAGCUUAAAGACAUACAUGCUUUUGUUUUACCUAAGAGAGCUGGGUUUAGAGUCCUCAUGCAUUUUCCCAUAUUUCAUGCUCCAAAGUCAAUGGGUUUUGGGAAGAUGGAGCUUGAAAUUAGUUUAAUAAUGGGAGCUGUUAAUGAGCUGGGUUUGGUAUGGUGCUAUGGGCUUGAUUUUCUAGGGUUUGGUUUAAGCUUGCGUGGAUUAAAGGAUUCUUCUGAGAUGAGUUGA